GUCACAUGAUGCGGAACCGCAGGUCUGAAACGUUUUAGUAUGUUCGUAUUUUGUGUAUCGUCAAUCCUGAGAACAGCUUUAAGGCUUUAAGGAGCUUUUUGAGUUUAACUUAGAAACAUUUUUGCCUUACACCGGCUUUGAAUGAGAUAUUUAUUAAUGCGGAACAGCUGGUAAACAAGCACUCCCUGAUCACGUGACAAACACAGCUGUUAAUCACCUGAAGUGGAAUAAUAAACAUUUAAUAACAGUUUGAAGCUGAAAUAGAAGCAAAAAUCCUGAGUUAUCAUUAUUAUUAAUAUUAUUAUGAAAUGAUGAUGAAGAGGAAGAAUGAAAGCGAAAGCAUCCACAUGUUCUCUGACGUCAAACAGCUGCUGUUCAGCGACACUUUAGGAGCGCAACAAGUCGCAGUCAAAUCAGCGCAAAAUGGGAAAAAUCUACCAAGUUGUGGUUCAUGGACUGAGGGGUCAGAAGAUGACGCUCGACCUGUGCAACACUGAGGAGCAGUUUAAGAGCAUGACAGUGCGGCAGCUGAAGGAAAAGCUGGCGCAGAAGCUUCCGGAGACCACAGGAGAGGAGGCCCUGCGGCUGAUAUUCACAGAUCAGAUGCUGGAUGGAGAUGAUAGUCUUCUGUCUGAUUAUGGCAUCCAGCACAUGUCUGUGAUUCACAUGGUGAUGAAGGUUCCUGGAGGACUGUCAGCAUGACUGAGAUCAUCUCCCCUUACAUCACCACCACUGCUGCUACUGUCUAUGAUGCUUCAUGAAACCUCUUGAUGCUAUUUACAUGUCAUGUAAACGUUACACUGAUUACAUUGAUAUACUGUUUAAUGACAAACCUUUACAGUGAUUAUGCUUUAUUCCAAAUGU